UCUUCUCGGUCGCUCCUCGACCUCGGGGUGGAAAUCGUAAAAGCUCUGGCCGGAGAGAAACAAACCCCUUUCCUCCGCACCGAUGUUCUCCGCUGUUCGAUCCCGAGCCCUCGGCCGAUGGCGCCCGCCGCCGCACCUUCUUCCGCGCCUCCUCUCCUCCGCCGGCGCCUCGUCGGCUCGGCCGGCGGAGCUUAUCGAGCUCUCGGAGGUGGAGAAGGUGCUGCACGACGUCCGGGCGGGGGACGUGCGCGUGUUCCCCGUCGGUGAGGGCGGGCUCCACGGCGGCGCUUGUGCGGACUACAUGGUCGUCGCCACCGGCCGCUCCGACUGGCACGUCCGCAACAUCGCACAGGCCAUACUCUACAAGAUAAAGCAGAAACAGAAGGGCUCUAAUCGAAUAUUGAUGCCGAGUGUAGAAGGCCAGCAAGCUGGAAAGUGGGUUGUCAUUGAUUCUGGAAGUAUCAUCAUCCACGCGCUUGAAGAAAGAGCAAGAGAGUACUAUGAUUUGGAAAGUAUUUGGACAAAGGCGGUGUCCCCUAACAUUUCUGUUCAGGAGUUGGAGACCUCACUUGUGAAGACGCGCCGCAGGGACCUGUCGCAGAAACCCAUGAAGAGCAUUUGAGUUAAAUGUGCUGCGGCCAUGAUCCAUCAUCUGUAGUGGUCAGUUUUCCAACCCUGAAAUCCUAUUUGGAUGCAUCAUCCAACGAACCACAGGGUCACACCACGGACCUCCACUAAGACAAGAUGUAUUUACGAUUUUGUAUGCAGGGUUUGUUAGGUUGGCAGCGUCAAGCUUGUUUGUGUCAAGAACAUUGAAGGAUGAUAGGUUUGCAAGGCUGCUUGUGAAUGAGCCCGUCUGGAUUCGUGACACCAUGACGUCUCUGUCAAGUUUGCUCCUGUUAUCUUUUAUCAUUUCGUCGUUUGCAAGUUCAAGCCAAGGUUGUGGGCUUUUUUUUUCCUUUCAUUUUGUUAUUCACCCCUUCAUUGGAUAGUAAUCAUAAUACUAUGAUACUAUGUGGAAGCCAAGGUAACACAUUGGCCAA